CACAAUAAUUUCGGGACACUAGUUUGCGAUAUGAUUGUCUUAAUUUUGAUUCUGUUAACGUUGCUGUGUUCCUUUUGUCAGCCUGAGGAACAUUUUGUUUUUGGACAUUUCGGUCUGGAUACGAACACUUACAAUUAUCAUCUCCCUACAGUUGGAAAUAACAAUUUAACACUGGGGUGUACUUGCACAAAGUUUCAAAAAAAUAUUAUUCCUUCGGUGACACUCCGAUUUCUACAAAACAAAAGCACACACUGGAGAUACAUUUGCAUGGCCAAUGUAACAGGAUUUUACUGGCUCAACAAGAAUAAAACAUCGGAAUUUUUCUUUGCUAAUCAACGAUGUGGUUAUCAUGAUCAUUACGGAAACUCAUUUUGCGGUUUGUGGCUUUAUUAUUUAUUUACAUUACGUACAUGUUCGGUUGAUCCAGACUUUACGCCUGUCUUCCAAUGUUAUUAUACCGAUGAUGGAAGUAUUUUCAAAAGCCAUGAAAUGAGGGUAUUUUCGAUAAAAGGUCAAUCUCCAAAGAUGUUGCAGGGUCCAACGAUAAUACGCGGUCGUACGAAAAACAAUACAGAGCUUUAUCGGGUAGGAGAUGUCAUACAGCUGCAGUGUGUUGGAGAAAUUGAAAGUAUAAAUGGUAUACCAAGUGAGAAUAUCAAAUGGUGCAAGAAAACCCCCAGUGGAUUCAGAGAACUAAAAUUACAAGAGCCUCCCCUCACCACUCCAUUGUCUAGCAGCGAAGAUGGUUGCACGCAUGUUCAAAAAUCUGAAAUAUUUUAUCAUUUGACACAAACGGAUGAAGAACUGGAAAUCAUAUGUAUAGCAGGGGAUAGACAUAGCAGAGAAUGUGGACAAUUUGGUAUUAGGUCAAACAUUUUAAUAAAAGCUAGGACUGAAGUUGAUGGCAUAUGGAGAAUGCCACCAAUCAUAAUUUACGACAGCGAUGGUCUUAUUAAUCCUCAGAAUAUUAGAACAUAUGGAACUGGCAAAAUAAUUUAUCUCUUUUGCUCGGCUUCCAUGGUGUCCACUUCUAAAGAGGAGGUAAUGACCUGCUGUGUGAAAAAAGGAGAAAGCAAUGAAAAGUGGACCAAAAUUCGUCUUCAAGAAGAUGAAAUGUACAUUACACUAAAUAACAGUGCUGAAACUGUACAAAUCAGCAGAAUAACCUACCACGUGACAGAAUACGACAAUGUUGUUCACUUUCUGUGUGAAAUGUCAACAUCAUCAAUGAGCACAUGUGGUUCUGGAUCGAGGUCCAUCAAUCUACCAAUUUAUUUUAAUUCAGACAAAAUUCAAAACAGAGCAGCGACUUCAAAGAACCAAGAGACUACUGCUGUUAGCGCCACAAUGUUGCCGCUGAGCUCAACUGAACACCAAGAAAACAACGAAAUUCCAAACAGAACAGCUACUUUGGAGAACAAAGUGACUACAACUGCUAGUCCAACAGUAUCGCCACCGAGAUCAACUGAACACCAAGGAAACAGUACUGUAAUAGUUUUGGCUGCUUUGACGGUACUGCUGUGUGUCCUACUGACCUUAGUUGUUCUGUUUGUGUUUAAGACAUAUAGAAGAGGGGAUACUACAUUAUUUGGUUUUAUAAUCAAGAUUGAACGGUCCAAAUAUUAGGAGCUGCAAAAUAAGUGAUGUUCAACAGGAGUAUGAAGAACUGAAUUUACAGAAUAUUCAUGUAUAGAUUUCAAACUUUUUGACCAAUUCAAAUACUCUGUAUUCAUUUGUGUGGAUGUUAUUAACAGUUUUUGACUGUUUAACAUCAUAAUCCAUUUAUAUAGAUGGCUUCAAAUGUAAUUCUGAUUAAUUUUACAUAAAAAGGGGUCUGGAAA